AUGUUUCCCGAAAGAUCUCUGGUCCUACUGGUAUGCUCCUGGGCUCUCUUGCAGCAUGUUGUGGCUGCCCCGGAUGUAGUUCCAGAGCCAGGUCUCGAUGAACGUCAGCUAGAAGAACGUGGUUUUAAUAUUCAAGAGCGCCACAAUCAUCCUGCUUUGGAAAGUUCGCUCCUUUCGGUCUUGACCGAGGAGUUGGCGUCUUCUACCCAUUCCCCACAGCCUGCACCAACUGAGAGUCCUUCCCCUGGUGUGAGUGUUUCUCCUAGUGUGAGUCCUGCUCCUAGUGAGAGCACUUCUCCUAGCGAGAGCCAAAUAUCAACUGGAAGCACCAGCAGUGAAAGUCCAACCGGUUCCUCGAAUAGUGUUACAAUCACAUCUUCCCCAAGUGGAAGUGUUGGUCCCUCCACAGGCAGAGCUAGUCCCUCGGGUACUGCUAGCCCCCCGGGUAGUGUAAGCCCCUCGGGCAAUACAAGUCCAUCAGAAAGUGCCACUCGUACAGGCAGUGCUAGUUCCUCGGAAAUUGCGAGUCCUGCGAGCAGUGCAAGCCCCUCGGGUAGUGUGAGCCCCUCAGGCAGUACGAGUCCAUCAGAAAGUGCCACUCGUACAGGCAGUGCCAGCCCCUCAGGCAGUGCAAGCCCCUCGGGUAGUGCCAGCCCCUCAGGCAGUGCAAGCCCCUCGGGUAGUGUGAGCCCCUCAGGCAGUACGAGUCCAUCAGAAAGUGCCACUCGUACAGGCAGUGCCAGCCCCUCAGGCAGUACGAGACCUUCAGGCAGUGCUAGUCCAUCAGGCAGUGCUAGUCCAUCAGGCAGUGCUAGUCCAUCAGGCAGUGCUAGUCCAUCAGGCAGUGCUAGUCCAUCAGGCAGUGCUAGUCCAUCAGGCAGUGCUAGUCCAUCAGGCAGUGCUAGUCCAUCAGGCAGUGCUAGUCCAUCAGGCAGUGCCAGCCCCUCAGGUAGUGCGAGACCUUCAGGUAGUAUCAGUCCAUCGGAAAGUCCGAGUCAUUCAGGCAAUGCUAGUCCAUCAGGCAGUAUCAGUCCAUCAGGCAGUAUCAGUCCAUCAGGCAGUAUCAGUCCAUCAGGCAGUAUCAGUCCAUCAGGCAGUAUCAGUCCAUCAGGCAGUAUCAGUCCAUCAGGCAGUAUCAGUCCAUCAGGCAGUAUCAGUCCAUCAGAAAUUGCAACUCAUACAAGCAGUGCCAGCCCCUCGGGUAGUGCUAUACCUUCCACGGGAAAUAACGCAAGUGGAACAUCCCAGCCAUCCUCACUCGGAGGAGGGGGAGGAGGAACCGUACCUUCCACCAGCGCUCAACCGUCCACCGGUGUAGGAGGUGUACAGCCCAGCAGCAGCCAGCCUUCCCCUUCAGGUGGAGGGGGUGGUGAGCAACCGAGCAGUGGCCAUCCUGGUCCUACUGGUGGAGGUGGUGGCGGUGGUGGUCAACAGCCAAGCAGCAGUCAACUCUCUCCUACUGGAGGAGGUGGAGGUGGCGGAGGAGAAACACCGGGCUGUAUCACUCCCAAGGAGACCGUUACAGUUUCUGUUACCGCUACCUGUCCUCCUGCUCAGGUGAGCACAGUCACCGUGACAACUGGCUCAGGCUCAAACACUGGAUGUCCUUGUCCCUCUAGUGGAGGCGGAGGCGGAGGCCCAGGAGGUGGUAGUCCAGGAGGUGGCGGCGCAGGCGGAGGUGGAAGCAGCACUGGCCCAGCACGCCCCAGCGGGAGCAUCACGCUCUCAUCCAGCAGGGUGAAGAUCACCAAAACAAGCACAAACACACAUACGCUGACGCAGACGAAGACUUCGACGCCCUUCAUCCCAAGCACGAAGUCCAAGACAGGCACGGCCACUCCACCGCCCACCCUCGUAACAUUGCCUACUUCUGCGCCGCCUAAGCAGCCUACGCAGUCGCACGGUCCUGUCACCAAGCGAGCAUAUGUCCAUCCUGAUAUCAUUCGAAAGAACAUGUUCAAUAACACGACCACGACGGCGGUGUUUACCAACUCGACUACUAGUCUGAAUCCCACAACCGGGGCAUUGAAUAUCACUCGUGUUGCAACUAAGACUGCCACCGAUCCCGCGCCUGUUUUCCUUCCUCGAUUCAAUCGUGAACGGUUCCGUGGUUAG